AUGCGAGUUGGUGAGCGAGAGAGAUCUGGAUACCUGGGUGAGGGAGUUGCAGGACUGGUGAAUGCAGGGAGCCGGAGAGAGGAUGAUGAGUUACAGUAUGCAAUCAGGCGACUAGUUGAAGGACUGGCAGCAACCCGUGAAACAGCUCGUCCGGGCUUCAGCUUGGCCCUGGCACAGCUCCUGCGUUGCAAUGAGGAUAUCCCUUUGCAGACAAUCCUAGAGCAAAUCAAAGAGAAAUAUAAUAUAACAAAAGCAAAGAAGGCAUUGAUCAGGAAUGCUGCAUUUGGAGGUCUGUUUGGCAUCUUGGCACUUUCGCAGUCAGGCCGGCUCACAAAGGAGCCAAAUGUACUUCUGCAGUCGAUCCAAUUGCUGCAGAGCCUUGCUCCGCUUAGAAAUCAUCUCUCGGAUCUGCCCCACAAAACUCUGGUGGACAUCCUGUCUGAGACCCCAGAGGCUAUCUUCAAGGAGUUUCUGUUUGACGUCUUAAAAUCAGAUUUGUCAUUGGCCUUAACCAGCCCAGAGCAUUUACAUUUGCUGCUGGUUGCACUGCAACGCUUCCCAAAUGUUCUGAAUCCCCAGGAGCUAAAGACUUUGCUUGGAUCAACUGUCAUUGUGACAUCAGAAAAUGUUCCCAAGUUAAUUGAGCUGCUGAAAAUUGCUGCCAGGAUUGUGAACAAGUCUCAGAGUCUGCCCCCUUUCGUCAUGAGCCUGGUGCACAUUACCUUGAAGGAAGGCACGUUUGAAACUUUGUGGAAGGAGGUGGUGGAGAAUAGCUUGUGCAAAUCCCAGAAGUGGCCCAACUGCUUCUUGUGUUUCCGGUUACUUGGUGCAGUAUUACCAUUCCUAACAUUGCCCCAACUUAUACUUGUUCUGACAGGACAGGUGAUGCGACAAUAUGGGAACCAUGUGGUUUCAACUCCGGCGUCAAACAGGUUCAGUUUUGCACCAGAAAUGGAGACCUACGUUAACUCCUUUCUUGAAGGAAUCCAAGAUGCUGAGAAACAGUUCACAGUUAUUACGAAGUUCUCCUGCCUCACUAACAAAGGUUACCCUGUGAUUUCUAGCCACUGGAACGUGAUCCAUCACCUACAGCCCUCUGUUUUAUUGAACUAUGUCAGUUGGCUAAAAAAUAUGUUCAUCAAUCCAGACCUUGAAGCUUGCAUGGAUUUCAGCACCAAACGACAGAAGGAGGACAAGCAACAACCUGACCUAAUGCAACACUCAGUGACAAGGCUACAAAUGUGGAUGGUUGCAAGGCUAACCUCAAUUGUGUCUGAUAAUAAAGUGAAGAAAGAAGAGGACCUGGUUAUGGACAUUACCAGGUUCAUUUUCUUCCACGCCUUUUUUGUAACUGAACAACAAACACUUGAUAUCCCAGAGACUGAGCUGACACCAUCCAUUCCUCUGAGCCUAUCUACCCAGAAUACAAUUGCAAAUUCUUUCUUUAGUCUGUUGAACCAUCUGAAUACUCUACCUCUGCUGGGCAACUCCACCAAAUCAAUUGACCGCAAUGAAAAACGCACGCUAGGAUUUAAAGCAGAUGGAAAAUUGUGGAUCGACUCUGUUGUUUGUUACGCCGAUUCCCUGCUGUCAAAGACUAACUCAAUCAGACUUAUCCGACCCUUUACACAAGAGCAGAGAGAAGCCUGGAGCCGAAUGCUCAAAACUGUCAAAGAUCUGCAGAAAAAUUUAAAGACAUCAGAGCAGUUGGCGAUUUCAGUCUUUCAGUUGCUCUUCCUAUCUGUUGGCAUUCAUCUCUUCAAGAACGGUGAAGAAUCUGUGGCACUGUUGAGUGACCUGCACACAUGUCUGCAGAAAGCGUCUGCAGAAAGGGAAAGGCAGUCCAAGUCCGUAACAGACGAGGAAGAACCAGAGUGGGUGGAGGUUGUGGUUGAAAUCUUGCUGUCUUUUCUCUCCCAACCGAGUCGUUUGUUGCGGCAGAUCUCGAAAACAGUGUUUGUGCAGAUUUGUCCUUGCGUCACCAAGGCAGCCUUGCAACUCAUUCUGGAUGUCCUGAAACCGGAAUCUGAAAGUGGUGAAGAGAGCGCUGUGACAGUGACUGAAGAGCCUGAUGAAACAGAGAAGGUCGAGCAGUCAUCUGGAGAUGAGAUGGAGGACGAGAAUGACAGUGAUGAAUCUGAGGAUGAAGAUGAUGACAACGAUGAUGAUAGUGAGGAGGAAAUUGCUGAGGACGAGGCAGUAGAUGACAACUUUCGCAUGGAAUUGAUGAAGGUUCUGCAGGCACGCCAUGCAGCAUGCAAAGAAGGGGAGAGCAGUGACGAGGAGGAGGUGGAUGACGAGACGAUGAUGGCACUGGACAAAAACAUCUCCUCCCUCUUUGCUGAACACAAGAAGCAUCUUCAAGCUAAGAAAGAUCAGAAGGUGAAGCGUAGGAAAGAGAAGACCCUGACGACGGAUUUCAAAAUGAAGGUACUGGACUUCAUUGAAUUAUUCCUUGUGAAACAGCCUGGAAGUCCACUUGUCUUUGACCUUAUUGAGCCCUUGAUUGCAAUUAUUGAAGCAACCCCCAACUCUCUCUCAGACAAGCAGGAGGAGGACUUCCUACGCAAGACAGCGGACAUAUUCAAGAAUUGUCUGUGCAAGUCCAAGCACUACUGCCGAGACAUCGCUGAGAUAAAGGACGACCUGCAUGAGUUGAUAGAGCGAUUGCUAGAUCGAGCCUGCAAGCAGCCAGACUGUUCAGUGUCACUGUAUUGUUUUAGUGGGAGCCUUUAUCUCUUCAGAGUUCUGAAAGGAAACCCGACUGAACCCGCAGCCAAUGGCACGUGUAAAGAGAAGGAAGAUCAUGAGGGGGUUGCAGAAACUGGAUCUCAACAGGUUGGAUCACUCGGCAGUGUGGAUAUUGACAGAGUGACUGCAGUCUACGAGAAAGCUCUGACCCUCUUCAUGACCAAACGCAACUGUUCCCUCACCAUCAGCAUGUUCAUCAAUCUCUUUGAACGUUUCCCAGUUAUUUGUAAACGGCUGCUGCAGUCUGCUAUCAAGUACAUGACUGACGGUGUGAGGCAUCAUCAACAGGGCCUGGCCUGCCUCCUUGUCCAACAAGCUCUGAAGACCCAAGAGGUGAAAAAUACCUUGUUAGAUCAUGAAGGGAAAAUAAUUGUCAAUCAAAUCAUCAACCAGGCUAAACAGUGUUUGAAAAUCAUAACAAAGGUUACGCUGAAGGUGGAGCAGGCAAAAAUAGUAAAUUGCUUGAAGCUAAUCUCCAUUCUUGACAAGAUUGUGAAGGACCAGAAGUUGAAUAUCUCAAUGAAGGUCCUGGUGCCUGUAUUACAGUCACUGGGGCAACUGGAAGAAUUUGGCAAGACCUCACAGGUGAACAACACAUACUGGCAUGUGAUGAAACUGUUUGGAUUCAAGCGACCCAUGAAGAAGGUGGUGAAACAGGCGAAACAAAACCCACAGGCUCAAGAAGGGAAGACUUUAAAGAAAAAGAAAGGAUUUCUCCCAGAGACCAAAAAACGGAAGAACUGGAAGAAGAAGAAAGGCCUGCCUCAGGAGAAGGUGCAGGAGGGAGGGAGAGACCCAGUGGGAAAGUCUGGGAAGGUUCCAAAGGCUGCAGGGAGAGGGCAGACACAAAAGCAAAACAAGAGAAAGAGAAGUUCAGAGAAAGGGGCAAAAGGAAACUCGUGGGAAAAGUCAGGUACGCCAUCUAAAAAGGCCAAACUCAGCCAAGUGGAGGUCGGCCAAGGUGAUAAAUUGGGCAAACAGGUGACCGUGAAAGCAAAAAGGCAGAGCGAUGGAGUAACCACUGGGCUGUAGGGACAUGCCAGGGAAUCCUUGCAGGGUAUUCAGGAACCUGGAGUACACUCACUGGGUCAUGAAUGAAGUCAGUGAUGGAAGACUGGCAUUUCUGUUUGUUUUAAAACAUUUCCUAUGACCAAUGUCUAAAUAGUUAGACUAUUAAUCAGACAAGUAACACAAUUAUUUGGGUUGAAUGGUUGGAGUCCAAGAAGUGAACCCCUAUACGCUUUACACAACUUUAGAUGACGCCCCCCCCCAAAACAAAAAUAACUAGUUGUACCAGUUUUUUUAUUGAUAUGUGUUAUUUUUAACAGGGCCUCACCUGCCUUUGAGACCAUUUCUAAUAUAAAAUUUGUCUGAAAGUGUGAGGGCCAUGAGUUAUGUUUGUAUUACCCCCUGCCCCCCAGUCCCUUUAAAAACCAGUUUCUUUUAUGUUGUACUUUGAAAUAAAACAAUCAUCUGUA